AUGGCGCACUUCAAGACCACGCCCGGCACGGAGGAGAUCAUGGUCGUCGGCACCUCGCACAUAGAGAGCCUUCCGGGCACCGUGGCCAUGGACAGGGUGCUAGAGCUGCAGACCACGCAGCUGAACCUGGCGAUGCACUACUUCGACCAGUGCGCGAACACAGCCGUCUUCGCUGGGGACCUGAACGUCAGCGACGAACACGUGGUGCAGGGCCUCCGCGAGAGCUGGGGCUGGAGCGAUCCGGGACCGGCACGGAGCCGACCUGGUUCGCGGGCGGUUGGCACCCAGACAGGAUCUUCUUGCGGUCGCCCGCCUACGAGGGGUCCAGUCGGGGCAACUCGCAGCUGUUCGGGAGGAGACGCCGUCUGGCAUCUCCAUCACGGCGCACGACAGCCAGGUGUUCACGCCGUCUGA